UUCUAUGGUGGUGCAAUGGAUCCCUCGGCUCCACCAAAUCAUGGUCCAACUGCUGCCACCACCCAAAUCGAAGCGGCUGUUGUCGUCGUUCUCGCCGAGGAGGAGGAGGACGACGAUGGUAAUGGCAGCGAGAAUGAAGGAAUCAUCGAUGUGGCCGAGGUCGAGAAGCGGAUGUGGAAGGACAAGCUGCUGCUGACGAAGCUGAAGCAGCGGAGGGGGCAGCAGCAAGGCGGCUUCUCCGGUGCUCUGGUGGAGCCCCUGGCUAAGGAGCGGUCGCGGCGGCGGGCGAUGGCCCGAGCCCAGGACGGGGUCCUGCGGUGCAUGCUCAAGAUGAUGCAACACUGCAGCGCCCGUGGGUUCGUGUACGGUAUCGUGCCGGAGCGGGGGGACCCGGUGACAGGGUCGUCGGAGAACCUCAAGUCCUGGUGGAAAGACUCCGUCGCGUUCGAUCGCAAUGCCCCGGCGGCCAUCGCCCAGUCCACGCUCGCCCAACCGAACGAACUGGUUCUGACCUCUUACAUCGAUCGCCUGCGUAUGUUACAGGACAGCACGCUCGGCUCGCUCCUCUCCGCGCUCAUCCAGCACUGCGAACCGCCGCAGCGGAGGUUCCCCUUGGAGAGGGGGCUGCCGCCUCCCUGGUGGCCGACCGGGGAGGAGCCAUGGUGGGGGGUGCAAGGCGAGGCCCACGCUCAGGGGCCUCCGCCCUACAGGAAGCCGCAUGACCUCAAGAAAGCUUGGAAGCUGAGCCUACUGACCGCCGUCAUCAAGCACAUGAGUCCAAACCUGGGCCACAUGAGGAAGCUGGUCUGGCAGUCGAAGAGGUUGCAGAACAAGAUGACCGCCAAGGAAAGCGAGGUGUGGUCGAAGAUGGUGAACCAGGAAGAAGCUCUCCUGCAGCUCGCCAACCGCUCCCUCAGGAUCUCCCCCAUUCCCGAAGAUGAAGCGGCCGGCAAUUCUGCGGCCGAGAAGGGGCCGGACGGCCGCAGGAACGACGACAAGAGGAAGUGCGAGUUCGGCGACAACUCGAGGGAGAAAUGCUCGAGAGCCGAGUUGCAGAACGUGGAUGGUAGUGGGGAGUUUGAACUCGAUUUAUCGGGGAAUUGUGUGCUCGAAGAUGAUCGGAGAGCGAUCGACGAGCUCAUGAUGCUCUACUACAGCGCUCGAGACUUCACUCGGCUAGUGUGAUGGUAGAGCUGGUGGGAUGAGUGAGAUCGAGCAUCGCGUGGCGUGACUAAUGUGGCGAUUGAAAUGAAAGAUGAGAAGCAUUCGCGUGCCAGUAGUAAUCCGUUUCUUCCUGUUUUUGCUUAUAAAAAUAGCUUCUCGCCAUCUUGUAGAACUAUUCUAGUGUUUGCACUAUGUAUGUAUGUAUGUAUGUAUAUAUGUAUGUAUAUAUGUAUGUAUGUAUAAAGAGUUUGCAUGAAAAUAUCCGGUAGUCAACUGCUUAAAGAUUUUACUAUGCAUCAAGGAAAGCAUGCGUGUGCAUACGUAUGGAUGAUCACACGCCCAGUGCUCCAAGUCGAGUCUUGCUUUGGCCAGCCUCGAAGUAGAAGACGAGCAUGGCAAGCGUAGCAAAUCCGUGCGUGCU